AUGACAAAAGGAUCCAUCAGAUUGGCAUUAGAUAAACCAUAUUAUAUUGCCGGAGAGGUAAUUACUGGUAAUUGUGAGGUGAAUAUUUCUCAACCUGUACAAGCUGCUGCCCUCACUAUUAAAUGGAAAGGAAUGGAAAGAACCAAGUUUGUUAUUUCUAGAAUGGAGACUUAUGAUGCUGGUGGUGGUAGAACAGAAACUAGAACAGUCCAUGAUAAGUUUGAACAAGAAAAGACCUUCUUCAAGACUCAAAUGGUUUUAGGAAGUUUUAAUGGAGGAAUGGCAAUGCCAGGUACUUAUUCAUUCCCUUUCCAAUUCCAAUUACCAGCUGAUUUGCCAGGUGGAUGCAACAUUCAUCGUACUGAAUUCGGAAAUGAAUAUAGAGCAGCUAUUAUUUACAAAGUUAAAUCCAAUUUGGAUAAUGUUAAUGAAAAGGAUAUUAAGGAUAAGAGAUACUUGUCAAUUGUUCCUAGAUCUUUGACUGUUCCUCAACCAGUUAGUUGUCACAAUGAAAAGAGUUUCCUCUUUGGUGGUUCAGGAAAGCUUUUCAUGGAUGCUACCAUUCCAAAGAAUGUUUUCAUUCCAGGUGAAACAGUUCCUGUCCGAGUUAUUAUUGACAAUCAAUCAAAGAAGAAUGUUGACAAAUUGAAAGUUAAACUUAUGCGUGAUGUUAAACUCAAUUGUAAGGGAAGAACAAUUCAAUAUUCAGAAGAAGUCAAUCGUAAUGUUUUCAAUGGAGUUGACAAGAAAUCAAAACAUGAUAAUGUAUUGAAUUAUGGUUUACCAGCAAACAUUUUCCCAAGUACUGAAGGUUCAAUGAUUUCCCAUAUUUAUCACUUGGAUAUUGAAUGUGAUGUUGCAAUGGCAUUCGAUUUGGAAGUUCACCCACGUAUUGAAAUUAUCUUCAUGCCAGCCAUGAAUCAAGCUUUCUAUUUCUAUGAUAAUAUGCCAAAAGGGUGUUGGAAGUAA